AGGAAGGCGCGGACCCCGUCACGUGAGAGUGAGCGCGUUUUGUUUGCGGAAGUGGAAGGUCGUGAGCCAGGGAGGAGUGCCUUCUUGGGGACCUUGCUGAAGCUUUGGAGGACUCUGAGCCCCAAGUUGGUGGCAGAAGCCCUGGUGGGGAGGAAGAGGGACAUCCAGGCAGAAGGCCGCAGCACUUGGUGAGGUGGGAUGGGGGACCAAGCCCAGCUGACCGCAGACCCCGUUUUCUUCCAGACGGAGGGAGAAGAAAGCAAGAGCAACACCCCCAGCCCUGGGAAGAUGCAGUUCUUCGGCCGCCUGGUCAGCACAAUUAGCAAUGUCACCAACUUGUUUUCCAACCCCUUUCGGGUGAAAGAAGUACCUGUAGCUGACUACAGAGCCUGCGUCCAGCUCAGGGAAGAAGGCCAGUUGAUUUUGUUCAAAAACAGCAGUCAUCGCACCUGGGACUGCCUGCUAGUGAACCCCAGGUCCCCGCAGAAUGGAUUCCGACUCUUCCAGCUGGACACGGAGGCCGAUGCCAUGGUGAACUUUCAGCAGUUUUUCUUGGUGCUGCCACCCUUUUAUGAGAGCUCGGCCCGGGUGCUGCAAGUCGACAUCCUGCAGCAGCUGACUGACUGCAUCCGCAGUCACCCCAGCUGGUCCAUGGCCCACGUGGCUGUGGAGCUGGGCAUCCGAGAGUGCUUUCACCACGCCCAAGUCAUCAGUUGUGCCAACAGCACAGAGAACGAGGAGGGGUGCACCCCCUUGCACCUGGCCUGCCGAAAGGGUGAUGGGGAGAGCUUGGUGGAGCUAGUCCAGUAUUGCCACGCCCACGUGGACGUCACGGACAACAAUGGGGAGACCGCCUUCCACUACGCCGUGCAGGGGGACAAUCCGCAGGUGCUUCAGCUCCUGGGGAAGAACCCUUCGGCAGGACUGAACCACGUCAGCAAUCGCGGCCAGACGCCGCUCCACCUGGCCUGCCAGCUGGGCAAACCGGACAUGGUCCGCGUGCUGCUGCUCUGCAAUGCCCGCUGCAACAUUGUGGGUCAGCACGGCUACCCCAUCCACACGGCCAUGAAGUUCUGCCAGCGGGGGUGCGCUGAGGUGAUCAUCAACAUGGACGGCAGCCAGAUCCACAGCAAGGACCCCCGAUAUGGAGGCAGCCCUCUCCACUGGGCCAAGAACGCAGAGAUGGCUCGGAUGCUGCUGAGCCGGGGCUGUGACGUGAACAGCGUCAGCAGCUCGGGGGACACGGCCUUGCACAUCGCAGUGAUGCGGGACCGCUUCGACUGCGUCAUGGUGAUGCUGACCCAUGGAGCCAAUGCCGGGGCCCCCGGGGAGCACAGCAACACACCGCUGCAUCUGGCCAUGCUGAAAGACAACAUAGAGAUGGUCAAGGCCCUCAUCGUCUUUGGUGCCGAGGUGGACACCCCGAAUGACUUUGGAGAGACGCCUGCCAUGAUUGCGUCGAGGAUCCACAAAGUGGUCACCAGGAAUUCGCUCUUGGCUCUGCUGAAAACCAUAGGGGCUGACCACCUCACAGCCCCUGGGGCGCCCCUGGAGGUCUCGCAGCCUUCCACCUCCUCCCAAGACAGACCACCUCCCCCACGGAUGCCGAUGCGCGAGAUAGAGCUGCAGGACUUUGUCCACCUCUCAAGGUCCCGGAAGCCCAACUUCAUCAUGAGCUCUCUGAGGGAUGAGCGGAGAACCCACGACCACCUGCUGUGUCUGGACGGAGGAGGAGUGAAGGGCCUCAUCCUCAUUCAGCUGCUCAUGGCCAUCGAGAAGGUCGCGGGCAUCCCCACCAAGGACCUCUUUGACUGGGUGGCCGGGACCAGCACAGGCGGGAUCCUGGCCCUCGCCAUCCAGCAUGGCAAGUCCAUGACCUACAUGCGCGGCCUGUACUUCCGCAUGAAGGACGAGGUGUUCCGCGGCUCCAGACCAUACGAGUCGGCGCCGCUGGAGGAGUUCCUAAAGAGAGAGUUUGGGGAGCACACCAAGAUGACGGACAUCAAGAGACCCAAGGUGAUGCUGACCGGGACCCUGUCUGACCGCCAGCCUGCUGAGCUCCACCUGUUCCGCAAUUAUGAUGCCCCUGAGACCAGAAAUGAGCCUCGUUUUGCACAGAACCCUAACUUACUGCCCCUCACCCAGCCUCAAGACCAGCUGGUGUGGAGGGCGGCCCGAAGCAGUGGGGCGGCCCCCACCUACUUCCGGCCCAUCGGGCGCUUCCUCGAUGGAGGACUGCUGGCCAACAACCCAACGCUGGACGCCAUGACUGAGAUCCACGAGUACAACCAGGACAUGAUCCGCAAGGGCCAAAGUCACAAGGUAAAGAAGCUCUCCUUGGUCGUCUCCUUGGGGACCGGAAAGUCCCCGCAGGUGCCGGUGAGCUGCGUGGAUGUGUUCCGCCCCAGCAACCCCUGGGAACUGGCCCGCACUGUCUUUGGAGCCAGGGAGCUGGGCAAAAUGGUGGUUGACUGUUGCACAGAUCCUGACGGGCGGGCAGUGGACCGGGCCCGAGCGUGGUGCGAGAUGGUCGGCAUCCACUACUUCAGACUGAACCCCCAGCUGGGGGCAGACAUCAUGCUGGACGAGGUCAGCGACGCGGUCCUGGUGAACGCCCUCUGGGAGACCGAGGUGUACAUCUACGAGCAGCGCGAUCAGUUACAGAAGCUGGUCCAGCAGCUGCUGACCCCCUGAGGCUGGCAGGGGGGGGAGGAGGGGGCCCCGCCCCUGCCCCAGCCCCGCCCCGGACACCUGGCGAGGAAUGAUGCUGGGAUUUGGACCGCGAGAGCCCGCCUGCCAGGAGGCAGAAGGGAGGAGCUCAGAGGGUGUGGCCGGCUGGAGGGGCGUCCUCUCCCACCCCUCUGAGGGGUUUGGGGUGUUCCUGGCCUGAGGCCUCGACGCCUCCAGCGGGAGGCCCUGCUUCUUGCUGUUACCGCCUUAAAGUGUUGGCCUGAGCCACCAACCUCCUUCUGCCUUAUCCCUCCUCCACGUCCUCCGGCAGGCGACAGACCCCAGAGGACCGAGCUAGUGCCCCUCCCCCCUCCAGAGCCACCCUUUGCCAAGCUGGGCCACGGGGGUGGGGAUUUCCUGGCAAGAAAACUGGACAGGAAUCUGCUGGAUUUCUUAUUAGGACCUUGGAUGGAGGGCCUGGGGAGCUGGGGGAGGCCCUCAGGCCUGGAAGCAGCCUGUUCUCUGCCCCACCUCCGGGGGCCCAGCUGUCAUGCCAGGGAGCCAGUGGCUCUGUGGGACAAGACCCUUGCGCCUGCUCCCAGGCUGCAGAUUGCCAUCAGUCCCAGACUCCACUUCACCUCCCCAAGGGAGAAUCCACCGGGCCCCGAGAAGGAAGUUCAGAGCCAACUUUGCCCCCAGUCUCCUGCCCCAGCCCAGGAAACUCUCAAAGUCCAUCCUCUGUUGGGUCGCCUACUUUCUUCUCCCCUCCCCCCUCCUCCACUGGCUUGGUUCUUAAACAAGGAAAUGUUCUAAGCUGCUCCUUGGGGCCUGGCCCUCGGUACCCCCCCCAGAUGAUGUGGGCAAGAAGAGGGGUGCUGGGUGGCCCCCCACCUCCACCCCUCCUCAAACUGAAAUAAAUGGCUUGAGACCCAC